CGAUACACGGAUGGAACCUGUAGUGGUAGGCUCUUAUUUCGGAUCGAAAUCGGUUUUGCGAUUCAGUUGUGCGAAGGAACUCCAGAAAUACGGACUGGCAUCGUUAAUUCAAGCUGAAAAGUGUGAGUUGCCAAUAAAUGGCCGUCAUCACUGCUCAAGGACCAUCCACCGCUAAUGUCCUUACUCAAGCAGCAGGAACCACGAACGGUGCUAAAUUCAUAUUAUUACUAUGGAAGAACUUUCUGCUCCACUGGAGGAGCAAGGUAUCUUCCUUGAUGGAGAUAUUCAUUCCUCCAUUUUUUAUGCUUCUUCUGGUAGGCCUUCGAAGCCUAACAGAAGUGAAGAUCAAGUCUUACGAAUCGAUAUAUGAUCCAUUGGAUGUAACCAACUUUACUGGAAUAAGGAACAACCUAGUGGUUCCCUUUGCACCUGUAAUAGCAUACACACCGAACACGACAUUUCUUCAUGAGUUGAUGCAGCCUGUGGCGGAGUGGACUGGAUUGAGUUUAGAAUCCUUUUCUACAUCUAACGAAAUGCAAUACUUCCUCAUGGCCACAAAUUCUUUCGUUGGAGUUCAAUUCGACGAACGGUAUGCAGAACAGACUACCCUUCCACAAAAACUAAACUACACGCUUCGAUUUCCCGGUGAGCUUCGGGCGCAGUUUGGGAUAACUCACACAUGGCGCACUCAUUCGCGCUUCUCGUCAAGACCCGAUGGAGGCGCUCGGUUCUACGCGUACGACGAUGGAGGACCUAGUCCGGGCUAUUUCAGAGAAGGAUUUCUUAGCAUCCAGCAUUUCAUAUUCAAAUCGUUUGCGGACAAAGUGAAAGUGUUAAACGAAGAAGUACCAGAUGUGAUAGUGCAACGGUUUCCUUAUCCACCGUUUAUGGACGAUAACUUCCCGUCCAGUUUGACCACGUUCUUGCCAAUCUCAGUGAUGCUGGCAUUUAUCUAUCCGUGUAUCAGUAUAGUGAAGUCAAUAAUUUUUGAAAAGGAGAAACAAAUCAAAGAAGCUAUGAAGAUAAUGGGACUGAGCAACUGGAUUCUGUGGUGUUCUUGGUUCGUAAAGUGUUUGUUUUUCAUCGUCAUAUCGAUAUCGUUGGUAGUGUUGUUCCUAAAAGUGCCCUGGUACCGUACCCCGGACGUUUCCGUACUCACGCACUCAGACUGGGGUGUGAUAUGGUUGUUUUUCUUUAUCUAUGGAAUCGCAAUUAUCACGUUCUCCUUCAUGCUGAGUACAUUGUUUUCGAGGGCAAACUCUGGAGGAGCUGUAGCAGCAAUAAUAUGGUUUUUGGCCUUUGCUCCGUUUGCUGUUAUGGAUCAGGAUUAUGGGAGUCUUACAACAUCAGACAAACUAGCGGCAUCGCUUCUGUUGAAUACGGCCAUUGGCUUCGGUUUGCGGUUGAUUGGAGUAUAUGAAGGAACCACCGAAGGGAUGCAGUGGUCAACUUUAUUCCACGAUAGUGACGUCGAUGACAUCAAUCUCGGCAUGAUAAUGUUAAUGCUACUGGUGGAUGCUAUCAUAUAUUUGUUGAUUGCGUUGUAUAUCGAGCAAGUGUUUCCUGGAGACUUUGGGUUGGCGCAGCCUUGGUAUUUUCCGUUCUCAAAGAGGUUUUGGAUGGGAGAAUCUCCGAUAAAAGAAUCCUUAGAGAGCGAAUCCAGCCCUUCGGACGAGAACAUAGAGGAUGAUCCGAAAGGCCGCCCGGUACGUAUCAGAAUCAAGUCGCUGCGCAAAGUGUACUCCAACAAAAAGGUGGCCGUCGAAGGAUUAUCGUUCAACAUGUUCGAGGGUCACAUCACUGCAUUGUUGGGCCACAAUGGUGCGGGCAAAACAACCACCAUGUCCAUGCUUACCGGUAUGAAACGGCCAACUUCAGGAACGGCAGAAAUUUGGGGCUAUGACAUUCGACAUGAUAUGCAAAGCAUCAGGAAUUCUUUGGGGUACUGCCCGCAGCAUAAUAUUUUGUUCGAUCAACUUACGGUACGGGAACAUCUGUAUUUUUACGGGAGGCUGAAAGGACUGUCAAAAACGCAGGUUGAAUAUGAAAUUGAGAAAUAUAUCAAGGCUUUGGAGCUGGUUGAUAAAACAAAUGUCCAGGCUUCCAGUUUGUCAGGUGGUAUGCAAAGAAAGCUGUGCGUUGGAAUCGCCCUGUGUGCUGGAUCGAAGGUUGUUCUUUGCGAUGAACCGACUUCCGGAAUGGAUCCCGCUGCAAGAAGAGCAUUGUGGGAUUUGUUGAUAGCUGAAAAAAGUCGACGCACGUUGAUUUUGUCGACACAUUUCAUGGAUGAAGCGGAUAUGCUAGGCGAUAGGAUUGCAAUCAUGGCUGAUGGCAAAUUGAAAGCAGUAGGAUCUUCGUUUUUCCUUAAGAAGAAAUAUGGUGUUGGAUACCGUUUGAUUUGUGUUAAAUCUCCAGAAUGCGAUGUAGAAAUAGUUACAGAAUUACUGCGGAAUCAUAUCAUGGACAUAACAGUGGAAUCGAACAUUGGAUCUGAACUGUCAUAUUUAUUGCAUGAAGAAUAUUCGCAUAGGUUCCAACCGAUGCUUGAAGAACUUGAAAAUAAUUGCGAGGCUUUGAACAUAUUGGACUUUGGAAUAUCAUUGACUACUUUGGAGGAAGUGUUCAUGAAGGUUGGCUCGGAUUCAACCCAAAUUAGUGAUGCCGUGAGUAUGUCCAGUCUAACUACCAGUUCUACUGACGUGGAAUCAAACUCAAGUGUGGGAGAUUACGAAUUACUCGAAGGAUUCAGACUAUUCCUGUGCCAGAUGAAGGCAUUAUUCUUGAAGAAAAUCUACCAAACCUAUCGUAACUGGUUCUUGCUGUUGGUGCAAAUUGGCAUCCCUAUCCUGUUUGUGUCGGUAACUAUUGCGGUAGUCCGUGCCUGGGUGGGAUCUCGUGAUAUGCCACUUCGCGUACUCUCUAUGAGAACCCAUAAUCCGUCGGUUACGCUGGUGCAAGUGGAUGCACCAGAACAGCGAGCUGGAUUGACACAAAUAGUGCUGGAAAAUUAUCUGCAUCACCUGCGCUGGACGGAAGGUCUAGUUAUUAGCUUAAUAAAGAAAUUCAUGAUUCAAGUAUUUUUGCUCCUUGCCAAUGAGAACCUCAUCGUGGUUAAUCGGCUGUACGUAAUUGGCGCCAGUAUCCUCAAUAGCAACUAUACAGCAUGGUUCAAUAAUGAGGCACUGCAUUCUCCUGCAAUCUCCUUGGCCACGAUGCACAAUGCACUGCUUCGAACUUUUGCCAAUUCAACAACUUAUCGGAUAGACGUAGCGAAUCAUCCACUUCCUUUCACCGAUGAAACCAGGGUUCAAAUGAGCAGAGCCCACAACAACUUAGGCUUCCAGUUGGCUUACAACACGGGCUUCGGAAUGGCCUUUGUAUCUGGCUUCUACGUAAUCUUCUACAUUAGAGAACGGGUAACCAAAGCGAAGCUGCUGCAGUUCGUUAGCGGAGUGAACCGUUUUGCCUACUGGUUUACGGGCUUCAUUUGGGAUUACUUCACAUAUUCGAUCGUAUGUUUGUUCAUCAUUGCAACUGUUGCGUGUUUCCAAGAGCCAGGAUUCAGUACAGGAGAGGAAGUUUUUCGGCUGUAUGCAAUUCUCUUGGUUAUUGGACUUCCGGCGCUGCCACUAACGUACAUCACUACACUUUAUUACACAAUUCCGUCGUCAGCUUUCAUACGCGUUAGUGUUGCUUUCAUCGUUACGGGAACGGCACUGUUCAUAUUCGUCUUUUUGCUGGGCACUGAUAUGUUCCAGCUUGACGAGCUUGCUGAAACGUUGUCAACGGUGUUUCUGAUAUUUCCACAUUUUACGCUAUGCGAUGCAAUCGUUAAUUUGAGUCGCAUGUCGCUGACGAUGAAUAUGUGCGACGCGCCGAGGCCUCCAGGUGUGACACCCUUGCCAGUUUGUGGCGAGGAUCUCCACUAUGUGCAGUGGGAUCGUCCUGGCAUCGGGCGACACUUGUACUACAGCUUAGUAAUGACUGCCGUGUACUUUGGUCUAUUGUUUUUACUAGACUUCGCAGUAUUGAAAGUUUUGAUUCAAAAAAUAAGAGAGUGCUAUUAUAGAGGACAAUAUAAAGUGGAAGAAAAUAGCAACGAAUUGGACUCGGAUGUUCAAAAAGAAAAGGAACGGUUGGAGGCGAUGACGGAGACACAGAGGAAAGAUACAAAUUUGGUUGCACACAACAUGACAAAGUACUACAAUCGUUUCUUGGCUGUGAAUAAGCUAAGCGUGGGAAUCAACAGUUAUGAAUGCUUUGGAUUGCUGGGAGCGAACGGGGCUGGAAAAACUACCACUUUCAAAAUGCUUUCCGGUGAUGAAACCAUUUCAUUCGGUAACGCUUGGAUCAAGGGUCACAGUCUGAAGACAAGUUUGAAAAAGGUUCACAAACACAUCGGUUAUUGCCCUCAGUUCGAUGCUCUGAUAGAGGACCUGACGGGACGCGAAACGUUGAAACUAUUCUCCCUGCUGCGGGGUGUACCGAAUGAUACGAUCCCACAGAUAACGCUAUUUCUGGCGAAAGAGUUUGGUUUCGUGAAGCAUUUGGACAAGCAGGUAAAGGCCUACAGUGGAGGCAACAAGCGAAAGUUAAGCACGGCCCUGGCUUUGCUGGGAAAUCCGUCGGUGAUUUAUCUAGAUGAGCCCACGUCGGGGAUGGAUCCUGGGGCAAAGAGAAAUCUGUGGAACGGGGUAUGCCGUGUGCGAGACAGUGGAAAGACAAUCAUUUUAACCUCGCACAGCAUGGAGGAGUGCGAGGCGCUGUGCACCCGUCUCGCUAUCAUGGUGAACGGAGAGUUCAAGUGCAUUGGGUCGACGCAACAUUUGAAGAACAAGUUUUCCCAAGGGUUUGUGCUGAUUAUCAAGGCGAAAAAGGGGGAGGGAGAUCAAAAGGCCAAAGAAGGAUCGGUGUCGCCUGUGACAGAUUUACAGAAAAUUAAGGACUUUGUAACGGUCAACUUUUCCAACACACAGUUGAAGGAGGAGUACCAGGAUUUGCUGACCUACUACAUCCAUUCACAGGAUCUUAAAUGGUCACAAAUAUUCGGUCUCAUGGAGAAUUGCAAACGAACACUCAACGUGGAAGAUUAUUCGAUCGGUCAAACUAGUCUAGAACAGGUAUUUCUUUUGUUCACAAAGUUCCAGCGCGAGGAAUAGAAGAAAGUUGGUAGAUUUAGGAACUGCGAUUUCGAAUAUUGUUUGCGUUCUAACGAUAAUUGUAUUUAUGUUUGUUAAUUUUACGAAUAGGAAUAGGUUUAAUGUAUUUAUUUAUACGAAGAUGAAAGUUGAUUUCAUGUACAAAACGACGACUCGACGGAUGUCCUCUAACGUAGGCUUGAAAUACUGAAAGCAAUCAACAUGUGAAGAACAAUAAAGUGGAUGGCGCUCUUGAAGAUA